UGCAUUUGUCUUUCAGUGUGCCAUAGUGAUGAACCUGAGUGCUGUUGAUCGCUGUGCGUUUGUGAAGACCACCCCAGACUGCAGUAUGGAAGACAGCUUCAUCAACUACCUCAAGAUGACCUUCUGUCUACUACCACCCGACCUCACACCCCUCACCAUCACACUCUGUAUUAUUUGGUUGUUGUUCUUGUUCAUAGUUCUGGGACUAACUGCAUCAAAGUUGUAAGUGUCACUUACAUGCUCUGUUUAUAAUGUCUUUACAGCCUGUAAGUUAAGUUUACAGACUCUCUAUAAGACUGAGAAACAUGAGUUUCGUAACAGUCUCUGUCUCUUGCUGUACGCUGGCUGUAAAGAGAGUGGUGUUUGUGGUUGUGUUUCGUUGACUGCAGGGUUACAACAGCGUUAUCUUCAGCAGUUCAAGUUGAUAUGGUCACAUCCCACUGGGCACACACUGGUUGAAUCAAUGUUGUUUCCAUGUUAUUUCAAUGAAAUUACGUUGAAUUGACGUCUGUGCUCAGUGGGAUGGGCCUAGUCACUUGACCACCUGAGAUGAGUGUGUCAUGGUUAAGGUUUCCUCUCAGGGAGAUGACUUACUUUAAUGCUUGUGAUUUGGUCAUGUGACUGAUCACAUGUAUCACAGAGAAAGCAAAUGUCCACCAGACUGUUGUUACAUACUGUGUGUGUUUGAGGCUGGGGGGUUCUAGGUUAACUAUUGAUUGACUUAAGGCGCAUCUAUCUUCAGCUUCUGUCCCAACCUCUCAGCCAUCUCCUCCUCCCUUCGACUCACACACAACGUGGCUGUAUCCCUCUACAGCACACACACACACACACACACACACACACACACACACACACUGUAUCGCAUUCAACAUAUUUUCAUGAAUAUUCCUUUAAAUCUGCUUAAAUUAUCAUCUCGUCAUACACACACACAAAUACACUCACAAACAAACUCUACUCUAGCACCAGAAGUGUUUUCCCUAACAGUGUGUGUCAGGGUGUUACGUUCCUGGUGCUAGGUAAUGGAGCCCCAGAUGUCUUCAGUGCCACAGUGGCCUUCUCCCGUCCACACACUGCUGGCCUGGCUAUAGGAGCAAUGUUUGGAGCGGGUAUCUUCGUAACAACUGUGGUUGCCGGGGCUGUGUCAUUGGUCAAACCCUUCACUGUGGCGUCCCGCCCCUUCCUGCGUGAUGUCAUCUUCUACAUGGCUGCUGUCUUCUGGACCAUCGUCAUCCUCUACAGAGGAACUAUAUCACUGGGAGAGACACUGGGGUACCUGGGGCUAUAUGUGGUGUAUGUGAUAACAGUCAUCGCGAGUGCCUACAUCUACAGUCAUCAGAAACACUCCGCGACCAGAAGUUCCAUCCAGAGCUCAACACAUGUACCAGAGUUCCAGUCGUCUGAGUCCGAUGAUGAGGCAAUUCUUAUAUCUAAUAGCAGCAUCCAGGAGGACUACGACAGUGAGUACUGUCCCCUGCUGCCCUACUGUGAAUCAACCAGUUCCAUCCUGUUGAGUUCUCUCAACCCGGUGGACAGCAGGAUCUGGAGGAGGAAGUCCUGGCGCUGGAGGGCCAUCAAAAUAGUAAAGAUGCCACUGGAGGUGCUGCUGCUGCUGACUGUUCCAGUGGUGGAUCCUGAUAAAGAAGACAGGAACUGGAGAAGACCAUUAAACUGCCUCCACCUGAUCACCGCACCACUGGUGUGUGUGCUCACCUUCCGUUCUGGAGAGUACGGGAUGUAUCAGAUCGAGGAUCAGUUUCCUGUCUGGGCAUUGACGUUGCUCUUUGGCCUCUUCCUCUCUGCCAUAGUCUUCCUCACCACCACCAACAACCACCCCCCGCCAUACCACUCACUGUUCUCUCUGCUGGGCUUUGUGGUGAGUGCGAUAUGGAUCAGUGCUGCAGCCUUGGAGGUGGUCAGUAUCCUGCACAUGCUCGGUGUGGUCUUCAGUCUGUCCAACAAUUUACUGGGUCUCACACUGCUGGCCUGGGGAAACAGCAUAGGGGAUAGUUUUUCUGACGUCACCAUCGCUCGCCAGGGAUACCCUCAGAUGGCAAUAUCAGCCUGCUUUGGGGGAAUCUUUAACAUGCUGAUUGGAGUGGGCAUUGGCUGUCUGAUGCAGAUGUUUAACAACGAGCCAGUGGUGACGUUUGAACCUGCAGGUUUGUUGACCUGGGCUCUAGCAGGUUCUCUGGGUCUCUCUCUGGUCCUCUCCUUCAUCCUGGUUCCUCUGCACUGUUUCCACAUGGGCCGGUCUUAUGGAAUCUUCCUCCUGGUUGCGCUGCUCACUGAGUUUGGCUUUAUCCACACCGGAAGCCAGUAAGGGAUGUAAGGGAUGGACCAGUCUGGUGGAGCUGCCUGUGAGUACUGACAAGACUGUCUGAGACCUGAGUGACUUAAAGCCAAUAACACUGGGCCUUAAUUGAAUUGGAGCAAAUCACCCUGUGGCUUUACUUUAGUCCGUUUGCACUGACUGUAUUUUUAUAUUUAGAUUGCUAUUAGCUGUUACUUGAGAACAGCUUCUCUUCCUAGGGUCCACCCAAAACAAUUAUACAGAAAUGACUGUAGGGACAAUUGUUCUUACAGGCAACAUCCCGUGAAUCUUAUGUGAAAGCAACACUGUUUUAAAAGUAACCCAUAUACCAACAAGGAGAAGAAAUACAAGAAAAAAGCUGCAGUAGCACUAGGGAAUUAUCUCCUUUAAAUCAAUGUGAAUGCAGUGUCUCCUAUCUUAGCGAGACACACUGCUAUAUGUAAUGGUUGUGAGUAAAUUGUCAAAUGUGCUCUAUGCGUUUUAUGGCAUAGAAAUAC